UAAUUUUGAAGACAAAGAACUAUAAGGAAACUUAUUAGACCUGACUUCAUUAUUAAUCAAACUGCAUUGCGACUGUACAGUGGCAGCGAGUUAAUGCAGUCGAGACUUAGAACUGAAAAAAUCUGAAUAAAAUAAGAACAAGUAGGAGGCGCUUUUACGACAGAUAUUGAGUAGUGGGACGGGCCUAACAUGCGCAAAGACGAAUUACCCUACAUUAUUAGCACGCUGCACUAUCAUUAACCUAUGCCAUGACCAACACUUUCAUCCGAUGACCUUAAAACAUAAAACGGUCGUUAAUAAAAAUUAUUAAAACAAGUUUACAGACCGUCGUGGAUAUGUAAUUACGCAAAGCGUUACGCCGCUGGGCGUGACAUCACAAAUCAGUCCGGUCAGGCUGAAGACAACGCGUCUAAUGACUAUCUCUUUUUAUGCCUCACGUUAGAGUAAGAAAAAAGAUACGAGCAGGCUGGUGCUGAUCGUAUUCUGUCGAGGGUGUCGCCAUUUUCGUUUUGACGAAUAUUGACAGCACGGCAGACAGACAGUGGCGCGGCCGUCGACGCAGCGUCUGCCAGAUUAUUUUUAUUUUGAUUGUAAAUCAUAUAACGACUGGGCUUGAUUUAUUUACACGUAGUGUAUUUAUUAGUGUUUAGUUUCUUAUUUACAAAACAAUAACUUGUGACGAGUGAUAGAUUAAUUGAGCGGUAACAAUAUAUUUGGUGCUAACCUCCUUCUUUUUUUACUUGUGUUUUGAGAACUGCAAGACGUGAUCGAUAUGUGCAAGAUGUAUUACAGAUGACUUUGCAUCAAAUUUAGCAUCGUGUUAAUUAUCUGAUGCGGUGGCGGUGGUGAGGCGCUCGGGAUGCAGGGCGGCGGCGCGCCCGCCGCUGACGCCGAUCAGGCGCAGUUCGAGGCCGACAAGCGCGCUGUGUACAAACACCCCCUGUUCCCGUUGCUGGCGCUGCUGCUGGAGCGCUGCGAGCAGGCCACGGCGGGGGCGGAGGCGCCGGCGGCCGACGCGUUUGGAGCUGACCUGCAGGCCUUCGUGCAGCAUCAGCGCCGCGACCGCCGCCCCUUCCUCGUCGACGAUCCCGAAAUCGACGGCCUGAUGAUUAAGAGCAUCCAGGUCCUCAGGAUCCACCUGCUGGAGCUGGAGAAGGUGCAGGAGCUGUGCCGAGACUUCUGCGGACGGUACAUCGCCUGCUUGAAGACCAAGAUGCAGAGCGAGAACCUGCUGAGGACGGAUUACAGUGCUGGAGGCGUUGAAAGUAACAACAACUUGUCUGGAACAAUGGACGACCACUCCAGCACAUCUAACUCACCGCAGUAUCAGUCCCCCGCCGCCCCGCUGAGCGCGGCGUCGUUCCCGCCCGUGUACCCCGCCGUCAGCGACCUGCCCUUCGCGCCGCACCGGGACCAGCCGCCUCUCGUAGUCCAAGGUUCGACUCCCAUCGGUCAAAUCGGUGCGGGGCUGCUCUCCACGGAUUCUUUCACGGGUACAAACUCCAACUCGUGCUCGUCGGUGUCGGGCUCCCCCCCGCCCGCGGGCGCUGAUGACGAGGGCGAGGAGGGCGGCAAGCGGGGGGUGCUGCCUCGGCACGCCACGCAGGUCAUGCGCGCCUGGUUGUUCCAGCAUCUCGUGCACCCGUACCCCACGGAGGAGGAGAAGCGGUCGCUGGCGGCGCAGACGCGGCUCACGCUGCUGCAGGUCAACAACUGGUUCAUCAACGCGCGCCGCCGCAUCCUGCAGCCCAUGCUCGACUGUCAGGACAAGCCGGGUGAGAUACUGCGCACUGCACUCACUCUCCGCACGGAGGAGGAGAAGCGGUCGCUGGCGGCGCAGACGCGGCUCACGCUGCUGCAGGUCAACAACUGGUUCAUCAACGCGCGCCGCCGCAUCCUGCAGCCCAUGCUCGACUGUCAGGACAAGCCGGGUGAGAUACUGCGCACUGCACUCACUCUCCGCACGGAGGAGGAGAAGCGGUCGCUGGCGGCGCAGACGCGGCUCACGCUGCUGCAGGUCAACAACUGGUUCAUCAACGCGCGCCGCCGCAUCCUGCAGCCCAUGCUCGACUGUCAGGACAAGCCGGGUGAGACACUGCACACUGCACUCACUCUCCGCACGGAGGAGGAGAAGCGGUCGCUGGCGGCGCAGACGCGGCUCACGCUGCUGCAGGUCAACAACUGGUUCAUCAACGCGCGCCGCCGCAUCCUGCAGCCCAUGCUCGACUGUCAGGACAAGCCGGGUCAGACACUGCACACUGCACUCACUCUCCGCACGGAGGAGGAGAAGCGGUCGCUGGCGGCGCAGACGCGGCUCACGCUGCUGCAGGUCAACAACUGGUUCAUCAACGCGCGCCGCCGCAUCCUGCAGCCCAUGCUCGACUGUCAGGACAAGCCGGGUGAGAUACUGCGCACUGCACUCACUCUCCGCACGGAGGAGGAGAAGCGGUCGCUGGCGGCGCAGACGCGGCUCACGCUGCUGCAGGUCAACAACUGGUUCAUCAACGCGCGCCGCCGCAUCCUGCAGCCCAUGCUCGACUGUCAGGACAAGCCGGGUCAGACACUGCACACUGCACUCACUCUCCGCACGGAGGAGGAGAAGCGGUCGCUGGCGGCGCAGACGCGGCUCACGCUGCUGCAGGUCAACAACUGGUUCAUCAACGCGCGCCGCCGCAUCCUGCAGCCCAUGCUCGACUGUCAGGACAAGCCGGGUCAGACACUGCACACUGCACUCACUCUCCGCACGGAGGAGGAGAAGCGGUCGCUGGCGGCGCAGACGCGGCUCACGCUGCUGCAGGUCAACAACUGGUUCAUCAACGCGCGCCGCCGCAUCCUGCAGCCCAUGCUCGACUGUCAGGACAAGCCGGCGGGAGGCAAGAAAAGUAAAAACGGGUCAUCCAUUAGCAAGAGGUACUGGACCGAUGCGCUCACCAACCCGCAGUUCACAGCUGGUUUGCUGUCGUCGUCGGAGGACGAGGAGGCGGAGGGCGAGCCUUCGGGCGACGAGCAGGAGGCGCAGCGCGACUCGCCCGCCGACCACGCAUACCCGCCGCUGCAGCAGCCCAUGCACUGAGCACUCGCAAUUAGAGCAAGACAUCGACACGUCACAUGACACCACUCCAAGAAGAAGUAUGAAAAAAGACAAAAACUGUGUAUACCAUAGAGUGUAAGUUAGCAUAGAAACAUGUAUACGUAAACAUACCUCACUAUUUUAAACUUACAUUAAUUAUAUAGACGCUUUUUAUUGUCUAUUCUUUUUGAUUCAAUACAUGAGUAUUGUGUGAACAGUGUACAAUUUUUUGGAAAGCAUAGAAUAAAUAAAGUAAAAAUAUAUUAUCAUGUCGAAAUUUACAGAAUAUUUAUAACUGGCAUCACUUAACAAUGACAAUUAUAGCUAUAAAAUUUAACCUCUACAAAAAAUUUUCAUGUUAAAUGCGGUAUGGUAUGUAUUAAAAAAAGUGUACACUGUCAUUUUGUUUUUAAUUUAAAAAAAGUUUUGGAUGAGCACUGUUAUUUGUGGUUAGUAUAUAUUUAUAAAAUAUUUAUAUUUGUAUAACAAACACGAAAGAUGUUUUUGUAUGACUGCAACAUUAUCACUUAUUAACAGAAGGGGUAGAGUCCAUAAUAAAGUUUAAAUUUGAAAGGAACAAAAAAUGUUGCCAUACUUCUUAAAUAUCCCUAUUUUUUGGUGUAUUUUUCAGCUUUCAAAUUAAAAAUAAUUUCGUAUCAUCUUCAUAAUAUGUAUGCGUCGUCAAUUUUUAUGACCGGUUGUGAAUAAAGUAGUUUUGUUUUUCAACCUUCACCGACUGAGCAAAAUGAAAUAGUAUAAGAAUAUUUUUUACCACAAAAAAAAAGAAAACUAUAGACAAUACCGUCCAUAGACAAAUUGUAUUUAUUUGUAAAAAAAUAAGUUAAUAUACUGAUAUUAUUUUAGUUUCUUUUUCUACAGCCGCCAUACUAGUUUAAGAAUAGUUAUAGCAUAAACAUAUAGAAUACGAAGAAGUUAUCGCCGCUUGUACGGACCUCCUUGGAGUAGGGAAGUAUGCGCUGUGGCCUUUACGCAAGUGGUCUUGAGUUCGAUUUUAGGUUGAGGUUAAUUCUAGUUUCCAAGUCGUUCUAGGAAAAGUUUCGGGUUGUCGGUGACUUACAAUUAUAUUGAAUAAUACUGACCAAAAAAACUUUGCUAACCCGUCAUGGUGGUAGUCAUAUUCCUACUUAGCGAGUUAUUAUAAAAAGUGGCGAAUUCUUAUUCUACUUGUUUAUGAAUUUUGUGUACUUUUAAAAGGCUAUACGAUCAAAAUAUACGAUUCAAGAAAAAAAAAUGUAUACUCAAGAAACCUAUUCGAUUCAAAACCUGUAUACGCGGAAAGUAAUAAUAUCGGGAAAUUUUAAAUUUAGAUGUAAAUUUUAAAAAAUGAUUCGCAGUAUUCGAUUAACGGGAACUCGGUGUCGAUUCCCCUUAAGUGUUAAAUGUAAGCGUAUUUUUAAAUAAUCGAUAAUAAUGUGCUAUCAACAGUCAAAUUUAUGAAUAGCAAUAAUGAAAUGAAAAUAAAUUUAAUGUAUCGUUUUUUAAAAAAAUCAGUUAUUUUGCAAAAACACUCGUACUGGUAUUAUUAAACUGAAAAUAUUUUAAAAAUUUUGUUAAUUACUAUUAACAAUUAUCACAUGUUAACACUCAAUUAUCAUUAAUAAAAUUAAUACAAAGCUAGGACGUCAAAAUCGUAAACCACACGAAAGUUGCUAAAGAUAGUUAAAAUGUAAAUUAUUUUUAUCUGGCAACUUAUACACAUACUGUGCCUGUGUGUCUCUAUAUAACAAGGCGUCACUAAAAAGUGACUGAAAAUUAAUUCAUAGAUACACCAGAACAUUGUGUAAAUAUGUCGAGGUGCUAGGUAAAUUUAAUACAUAUUUAUAUACAACUCUCAAAUAAAAUAUUAUGUCACUUGACGUCUUAUCGCAAUACGCGUGUCUUAUAAAUUCUAUGGCAUAUCGGAUGGAAAACCUGGAAUUUUACGCACUAGGUAUAUAAAAUUUCACGUCAACACAUGUAUACGUCUUAAUACCUUACAUAUUAGAAAUACAAUUUAUCCACAGUUGAUAAUUUAAUUUACUACUUUUUUUUAUAAAACCAGGCAGUUUAUACUAUGUAUAAGGUAACCCCUGUGAGGGUAGGAAUCCCCGGUUCUGUAUAAUGAGGUACAAGGAGUUAAAAUUACAAAGGUGUUCUAAAAUUAUGAAAUAAAGAAAAUAAGUUAAAUUAUUGAUUUAUUUUCGGCAUUUUAAUGCACAAAUGAUUGUUAGGGAAAAUCUUCGUAAAUGUAAUGGUCUGGAGGUUAUUAUGGCAGUCAUUAUUGUUACAUUAACAUUAUGUAAAAAUAUCUUUGUGAUCCAAUAAAAAUAAAGAAAUAAGAACUUUCUCAUGAUAUCAGCAGCAAAUAACAAAUAAGACUAUAUAGUCUGUUUUCCCUAGCUUCGUUAUACAGGACCGGCGAUACCAAAUAAAGAUUCAAGCUUCGUAUCUUCCAUGAUUUUGUAUUUAAGAAAAAAGAACUGUAUUAAUAUAUAGAGUAAGAGAUAUUUUUGUUAAAGUUUUACUUAGAUUUUGGCCUAUUAUCGAUUUCUGUGAAAGUAGCUUAUAGAUUCUAGUGUUUAGGGUACCGACAUUUUUAUAUUGAUGAAUGUAAACGAAUGGAAUUGAAUUUUUAAUUGAAACUAUCGCAAUUAAUUACAAAAAUGUUUAUACUAUGACAUUAUUUUGAAAAAAAUUUAAAUGUUGUCAUUGUUAAACAUUUCAUAAAAUCAACUACUUUUUAUGUAUUUCUUUGCACUACACUAAAUUGAGAUGAAAAACUAUUCAUUCUGUUGUUUUUUCCUCUCAUUUACUAAUUUGUCAUUUCUUUUUUUUUUUAUUUUGACAAAUAAAUAAUGAAUGAAAUAUUAUUAUUAUAUAAUACACCAAAAAUAAAAAAUUAACAAACAAGAAAUUAACUUAAAAACUAAAGUAAAAUUGGCGCCCUUAACGCUAAUGAGCGAUCUCUUCCAGAAUAAAUAAAUGAGAAAAAAAAUUAAUGAAAAACUAAUAAUAAGCGUUAUGAUACUAUAACUAUUAUUAUGCAUUAUGUAUAAAUUGUUUAUUAUUAUGCGUUUUUACAUAUAUUCGUUAAUUUCUGUCACUGGCACACCAUUAACAACUUUUAAUUUUAUCUGUGAUUUUUAAUUGGAUAUUACUUUUUCGGAUUUUGUAUAUUUUAUAUUUAUAAGUUUUGCAAUAUGUGUAUGUUGCAGUUUGAAUGUUGUAUAAUAUGUAAAUGAUAAAUAAAAAUGUCGGUAUUGUCGUCUGUUAUACGAUGAAACGGAUAUACGUAAUUUUUAAAGUGAAAUAUAAGAUUUUUUUAUAAUAAUUUUUAAUUCGUCUGUAUCUAUGACUAUGGUAGGGCAGAAUAUAAUAAUAUGCUACUUUUAGUUUCUUAAUAGAUAGAUUUAAUUAUUUGAAUAAAUUGACUUUAUUAAUAUUAUAUGUACCUAUCUAUAAUUUACAAAAAAAAAAAAAUAACAUAAUGUUUACCAAAAUAAUUUUGUUUGAGUCAUAGUUUUUUCAUUAGAAGCUAAAGUAGCAUAUUUUAUACAUUACGAGCCCUUAGUGAUAAAAUAUUCUUAAAGAUUAAUAAUAUCUGCCUUAUUAUUAAAAAGUAGGUAUAUCAGAAUUACAUAUUUCAGGAAGAUUUAAAAAACUUCAGUUAAUCCUUAUUAUUUAAUUUAGUUUUUUAAUAUUUCUGAUGCACUUUAGUUUUGUAUAUAUAGCUUUUAUUUACAAGCAAAAGAAAACCCGUACUUUUUAACUAUAAGGUAGAUUCAUCGAGAAUAAAGAAGACAUAUGACAUGAAUUGCUUUUAUUAUUAUCCAAAAUGAUAAAACAGAUACAUUAUACUGAUUGAAUUUAUUGUAUACGAGUACAUUAUAAAAUAAGUAACAUAGCGGCCAAGUUGUGAAAUCUUAUGCUGGCAACACUGUAGAAGUACUACUACUAUCGGCCACGAAACCAAGUAAUGCUGAUUGCUAGCUAGUCCAAAUCUAAAUGGUUGUUGAUAAAUUAAUAAGUAAUUAAUUAUUUUUUUUAUAGCUGAAAGUAAAGAUAAUCAAAACUAAACAAUAAUAAAGAUUAAAAUAAAUAAAAAAAAAAACAUAAAUGAUUAAUCUAAAAACAAUAGAUAUAUAAUAAUAUUAUAAUUUUUCUGAUUUUUGUUUGAAAUUUAUACUUAUAAAAACAUUAUAAAUAAAAAAGAAAUUUAAUAUACAUAGUUUAUUUAUUUGUUUGUUUAAAUUUCUUGUAAUUCAUCUAGUUAGAUGGGCAAAUCAUGUCAUAUGUCCCAUUAAGAAAUGUCCAGUGUAGUAUACCAUAGAGAAUAAAAAACGCUUUUAGUAUAACGUUUCAAGUUGAUUAAUUAUACCUAUUGAUUAUAAUUAAGGCAUAAUAAUUUACUAGUCAAUAAAAACAGUCUCGCUAUAUGAUUUUUUUUUUGUAUUUUUACGAACUAUCUUGGGAUCUGUCAAAAUUUUUACGCAAGGUUACUUUUAAAAUAAUUAUUAUUUUUACAAAAGUGAUUCGUAAUUGUUUUAAUAAUAAUAAUAAUAAUUUAUUUAUUUGCUUUAAACAUGGGUUAUACAAUAUGGUUAAUAAAAUUAAACAUACAUUUCGAUCCGAACAUGUUUUGCCGUUAUAGGCGUGCAAAAUAUUUAUGAAAUUUUCCAAUAUUGUUAUUUAUUAAAUGUCAUGUUUUAUUUGAAUGGGUUAUAUAAUAAUAGAUUUAAUAUGACAAUUAACAUAUAUUUUGAUGUUCUUGCUGGUUUUACACUAUUUUAGAAGAAACAUUGUUUAAAAAUUAAAACACAAUGAUGUUGUACACAACAUCGGACACAUAAUAUAUGUGUCCGAUCUUGUGUAUCCUAUAAACUAUUACCAUUUACAUUUUGUUAACAAUUUUAACAGAUCUCAACGAUACAAGAUCAUGUACAGUUCGCUGCAAAAUAUAAUCUUUUUCGCAUGCCAAA